AUGGCCACGGCACAAAGACUGCUCGUCACUAUGUCCUGCGACGCCGGCGCUCAGCGGACGUUGCCUGCGUUCCUUCUCCUGGGUUUGCUAGCCGGGAUUGCUGCCACGCACCCAGUUGUAAGCAGAACUAAUGGCACAUUGCUGGAGAGAGGAUGGCAAUCUCUGCUGUCCAGGUCCAUGGCUGGGAUGUCAGGGGAGAAGGCAGAUGUGAACUGGGAAAGUGACUAUUUGCUAGGAAUCAAGAGGCAGCGGAGGCUUUACUGCAACGUGGGCAUCGGGUUUCACCUUCAAAUCCUCCCAGACGGAAGGAUAAGCGGAGUUCACAAUGAAAACCAAUACAGUCUCUUUGAAAUAUCCACUGUAGAAAGAGGUGUUGUAAGCCUGCUUGGUGUGAAAAGUGCUCUCUUCAUUGCAAUGAACAGCAAGGGCAGGUUGUAUGGGACGGCUGUUUUCCAAGAUGAGUGCAAAUUCAGGGAAACCUUGCUGCCCAAUAACUACAACGCGUAUGAAUCCAACGUUCACCGCGGCGCUUACAUAGCCCUGAGCAAACACGGCAGGGUGAAGAGAGGAAACAAGGUCUCUCCUGCCAUGACAGUGACCCACUUCCUACCAAGGAUAUGAGCACCAGCAAAACAGAAGAUUAAAUCCCAGGACAAACUGUUUCGUUUUGCACAUGGGGAAUAACAUCCCAGAGAAAAAUGCAAGCUGGAGUGCAAAGGAAGUUUUUGGAGGAUGCGGAACGGCUGUGGGCAACCAUCAAAUCAUAGGUGAUUUACUAUUAUUUACCUCAGAUAAUAACCUCUUGUAGCACGCUGUUUACAUAUCAUGGGCCAAAUCACCCAAUGAUUUUGCUCCACCAGAGCUUCAGGCAGCUCACUCCAUCUGAAUAUCUGCCUGCACCCCCCUCUACAGACUGUGUCCUGUCCCCAAAAGUCCUCAACCUGUUUUGAUCAUUAAGGUGCCAAUUCCACAACUGUUUCUAAACAAGCGAAUUGUUCCCGGAGCCCCUCUGUCUCUGAGGGGAUUCUCCAGGGUCUCUUCACCUGGACUGGUUGGAAAAAUGAAGACCUACAAUCAAUAUCCCAUGGGAAGGGCCACAGGAUAAAUCACAGACGGGUCCCAAACGCAAAACUGAUUUGGAGCUGAGGAUUUUGAACGGCAUUUUGUGAGCUUAGUUUAGACUUACCUCCAAGAUAGAUGUGUACAUCUUUAAUAUUAAUAUUUGUAUAUAUAUAGACAUGGGAUGAGUGAGUGUGCAUCUGUGUAAUUACAUACUUUUAAUGAAUCAAUCAUCCCAGUCUCCUGAUGCCCAGGUGCCUUUAUAUAAAAGAAAAGAAAUAUUUAAAGACACUCUCUUUCAUUUAGCCUGAAUGUUGUUAAUCUCUAAGAACUAGAAUUGGUCUGUGGGGUUGCAUUUUAUAAAAUAUAAGAAAUUAAUGGAAAAUUCCAGCAAAGGGUUAUUUUGGAAAACUCUGUGUUGAAUUUUCACUGUCUUAAGUAUAUUUGGUUCUUCUCUAUCAUACCUCCCUGAGGUAUGAAGGACAGAGAAAGAAGGAGACUGCACAAGCAUGCCUUCCUAUGUUGGGAGAGAGGAAUUCGUGCCAUAAUUCCAAUUUCUGUCACUUGCAAAGCAUCAGUUACAAAGACAACACAGCAAGCUGCAUGAAAAACUCUUCAAAGCUCUUCUAGAAGCGGUGCAAAUGGCACUUAACCUUGCCUUGCUAUUUUGACAACCCUUUUCGAGAUCACCAAUGAAGCUGCAUUCUCCAUGCCUUUGAAAGAGUAUUUUAAGAGGCCCUAAGUCAAUAGUCACUAUAAAUGUCAGUUACCAGAAGCCUUGGGAUUCCUGCAUUGGUGGCGUGCUCCUAAAUUUGAAACUAGAUUCAAUGCAAUGUCAGAGCAUGGGCAUUUUCAGCAUAGAUGGACCAUGCUGCUGCAGAAGUGAAUAUCUGAGUGCAAGAUUAUCUCCCACGUCCAGCCAAAAUGGGGCUAUGUCCAGCCUUGACAUGCCAUUCUAUUUGCAGGGGCUGUCUAUUCGUGAUGAAUUUGAGCCUUCUGACAUGCAUGAGAGACACUGUCAGGGCCAGAUCCUCAGCUGGAGUAAAUCAGCCCAGGAAAACGAUCAGUUUAUAGCUGCAGAAGAUUUGGCCCAAAGAACGUACCCACGUGGAUGUACUCACCACCACCAUUCCCGAGAAGCUCUCAAGGCAAUUGUUUUGUGAACAAGAUGCAGUUUUCUAGCAUCUCCAGUGUGAUUAUACUUGAAUUUAUCUGGUUCAAAUGCAAGUGAUGAUCACAGUGUAAAUGAGGAGCAAAAUAGAGUGGAAUGCUGCUCACAAUACAGGAAUGGGAUGCUUUGGAAGGAAGGGAGUUGAAAGGAAUUGCUCUUCAUUUUCUGGUCUUGCAGUAUUUCAGAGAGAAGCCAAGAUGACACACUUUGUUCACCCACAACAUGCGCAGCAGUUUGCUUUGGAGAAAUGUGCCUUUGAAGUGAAAAAUCAGGAUGUUUUGAGUAGGGAGAGAGUGGGUGAAAGAAAAGUUUGGAGGGUAUCAGGCAGUACAUUGACCUAGAAUCCCUAGAGGUACAGAGAGUUGUGUUGAAAUACAUUACCUGGCAACCUGUAUCCUGGUGUUAUAUUCUUAAUUGUCUUUGAAAUGAAGUGUGAAGAAGUAUGGAAGAGUCCAGGGAUGUAGAAGGAAACAGAUGCUGGCACACAAGUUUGUUUCUGAUCACAGAUUAAUCCAGCAUCCUUAUGACAGGAUAGCCUGUUCCCUCUUAAACCAGGUCAGCCUAGAGAAAGUGAUUUUUGCCAGGACUGGUAAGCAUUGGGACAGCUGGCACAGAAGGUGGGAAUCAGACUCACUGGCUCUGUUUUGCACACACUGGUCAAGGGAGGACGACCUGUAGACGAAGUCACAAGAAGUCAGAACAAGAGGAAACGGCCUCAAGCUGUGCCAGGAGAGGUUCAGAUUGGACAUCAGGAAGAAUUUCUUCACUGAAGGAAUGGUCAGGCAUUGGAACAGGCUGCCCAGAGAGGUGGUGGACUCACCAUCCCUGGAAGUGUUCAGGAAAUGACUGGCCCUGCUCUGGUUGACAAGGUAGGACUUGAUGAUCUUGGAGGUGUUUUCCAGCCUCAGUCAUUCUGUGAUUCUAUAAAUCUGUUUAGUCACAGCCUGCUAGGCUGAGACCGUUCUUACGAACUGCAGAAUGUUUUGGAUGCAGUUUUGGUGGGCAUUUGGAAAGUCCCAUCAGUCACUCGGCUGAGUUUCUCUUUACAUCACUGCUUUUUUCCUCAUUACACCUCAAUGCCAGCCAGAUCAACCCAGAAAUCACAGCUGAAAUCAAAGAAGGGUAUGUGAAAGCUCAUGAAACUAAAGCUCAUGAAACUAAAGGGAUUUCCCAAAUCAGGGCCAA